CCCCCACCGGAGGGGCUCAGCUCCAGGAUUCAAGAUGGAGUCGUUGAGUCGAGCUGGGCAGGAGAUGAGCUUGGCGGCUCUGAAGCAGCACGACCCCUACAUCACCAGCAUCGCAGACCUCACGGGCCAGGUUGCUCUGUACACCUUCUGCCCUAAGGCCAACCAGUGGGAGAAGACUGAUAUAGAAGGGACCUUAUUUGUCUAUCGAAGGUCAGCUUCACCUUACCAUGGUUUUACCAUUGUGAAUCGACUGAAUAUGCACAAUCUAGUUGAACCAGUGAAUAAAGAUUUGGAAUUUCAGCUCCAUGAACCAUUUCUUCUAUAUAGAAAUGCAAGCUUGUCAAUAUACAGUAUCUGGUUUUAUGACAAGAAUGACUGCCACCGCAUAGCCAAACUCAUGGCCGAAGUGGUAGAAGAGGAGACACAGCGAUCCCAGCAGGCUGCUCAGGAUAAGCAGAGUCCCAGUCAGGCCAAUGGCUGCAGUGACCACAGGCCCAUCGACAUCCUGGAGAUGCUGAGCAGAGCCAAGGAUGAGUAUGAAAGGAAUCAGAUCGGUGACUCAAAUAUCUCCAGCCCUGGGUUACAGCCAAGCACUCAGCUCUCCAAUCUGGGAAGCACCGAGACUCUAGAAGAGACACCCUCUGGGUCACAAGAUAAGUCUGCUCCAUCUGGACACAAACAUCUGACAGUAGAAGAAUUAUUUGGAACCUCUUUGCCAAAAGAACAGCCAACAGUUAUAGGCCUUGAUUCAGAAGAAGUGGAGAAGCUGCCGGGAGAUGCCUCCCAGAUGGAACCCAGCCCAUUCCUACCUUUUUCCUUUGAGCAAUCAGGAGGGACCGUUCUGUCAGAAAAUCUGGGUGUACCGUCUGCUGCCCACCACUCAGUCCAGCCUGAAGUCACCACCCCAGUGCUAAUCACUCCUGCCUCCAUCACACAGUCUCAUGAAAAGCAUGCUCCAAGCUAUACGAUCCCAUUGAGCCCUGUUCUCAGUCCUACUCUACCAGCAGAAGCUCCUACUACACAGCUUCCCCCCAGUUUACCUCGAAGCAACACUAUGAUGCAGGCAGUGAAGACCACGCCUAGACAGAGGUCUCCACUCCUGAAUCAGCCUGUCCCUGAGCUAAGCCACACUGGUCUGGUUGCCAACCACAGCCCCUUCAGGACCCCCUUGAACGUGACAAGCACAGCUGGUACAUCCCUCCCAAGUGUUGAUCUUCUCCAGAAACUCAGGUUGACCCCACAGCAUGACCAAAUACAGACACAGUCACUCGGGAAAGGUGCAAUGGCACCCAACUUUCCUGUAGCAGCUGGCCAGCUGGCCACACCUGAAAGCUUCAUAGAGCCUCCCUCUAAAUCAGCAGCAGCAAGAGCAGCCGCCUCAGCCUCUCUGAGCAACAUGGUGCUUGUUCCCCUUCAGUCUAUGCAGCAAAACCAGGAACCUGAAGUGUUUGUCCAGCCUAAGGUGUUAUCUAGUGCCAUCCCGGUUGCAGGCUCCCCACUGGUUACCGCAACCACUGCAGUAUCUUCAGUCCUGCUGUCCCCAAGUGUUUUCCAGCAGACAGCUUCAAGAUCUACAGACUUUGAGAGGAAAGCAAAUUCCCCUUCUCCUCUAACUGUUGGAACAUCAGAAAAUCAGAGAAAGCCUUCCGUUAUCCUCAGCAAGUCUCAGCUCCAGGAUACAUUAAUACAUCUUAUAAAGAAUGAUUCCAGCUUCCUCAGUACGCUUCAUGAAGUCUACUUGCAGGUUCUUACCAAGAACAAAGAUAACCUCAACCUUUGACUGGAGCAAAAUAAAGCUGAAGGCAGUGUGUUGACCUCAGAAACAAAUAGGCCUCAUUAUGAAAACUUCUAAACAGAACAUUGAGUUUUGAGAAUCCUGAAAUUGAGCCUAUGAGAAAGACACUCAUUCCUUAAGAAUGUUUUCCAAGUGACGUUCUCAGUGAUAAUGGAGAUUUCACUGUGAAGCAUCACCAGCAGAUCUUUAUUUUAGGGGGGAAAAAGAGACCAUUUAUGUUAUAUGAGUGUUUUCAUCAGAUGUAAGCAAGAACGUGAAAUAAGGAGUCUGAUUUUCAGCUUGCUUUCACUUUUGAGGAUUUAGAGAGGAGUAGUCACCAGCUUUUACAGCAGUUAAAAUUCAGCACCUUACCCCCACCUGCCCCCCACUAGUCAUGGGCCUUUUGGGGCAUUAGGCUGAUGGUCAAGUUCUGGACAGAGAAGAAGUCAGCUUGGCGCAAAGGUAGCUUCAAAUUUUAGAGGUCAGAAGUUUAAGCUGGGAAAUUAGGACUGAUUUGUUCAAGUGAAGUAUAUUUUAGAUGAAUGCCCCAUUUGGGCCUUACAAUUAGUUCUGAAAUUUCUUAAUUGUGUUUUGUUUUUAAGCAUCCCUAUUCCUGCUUUGCAGCAGGCUACCAUCACCAUCACCUUGUUACUGUUUGAAUCAGACCCUGUCAGGCCCUCUUAGGCCCUGUGGUGGUGCAGAAGCUAGGCAUGUCAUACCUUUGGAGCAAAGGCUGUGGUUGGUAAAGCCUGAAUCUUAUCAGAAAUCUUCAUUUUAAGGUAAAUUCUCCAGUGGUUUUGAAAGUGCUAAGUUUUUAUGUGAAGCAAAGCCUUAUUUUUUUCUGUCUAAAUACCAGUUAAAAAUCAUUGUUGAUUGUUUUUCUUAACACUUUGACAGAGGACCAAUGGACCAAUAUGAUAAAGCCAUUCUGGUUCCAUUCCUUGAGAGUAUUGAGAAUAGUUUUAAAACUAUGCAGAAAAGGGAGCUGUUAUUCACACUGCCCUUACUUUGUUGUAGAAUAUGGAUUUCUUUUUUUAAAGUGUGAAAUUCAGAACUUUACCAAUGUAUUCCUAGGCUGUGAGUGCUUUUCCAGCCCGAGGUGUGAAAAUAUGUAAAGAUGCUUUGUUAUGCUGCUAUUGAUCUGCCAUGAUUUAUAUUUAUUCUUUAAUGGCAUGUAAUGGUGAUUAGUAAUAUUUUAAUGUAGAUUUUUGAUUUAUUUCAGCAAUAGUAUUUUAAGAUAUGCUUUGAAUGAAAGUGUCUUUGUUUGUAUGAUACAGGUCAUUUUGUAGUAUUUAACCAAUUAAGAUGCACUGCUUACUUUUCUGAGCACUAUUUAAUGAUGGGGUAGAAACCCAAUCGGCUCAACCAGCUAGCAUAAGGAUUAGCUGUGAAUAAUGCUGACAGAUGUGAUUAUUCCUUGGGAAUAAUCAUUAAAGCUUUAAUGGUAACUCAAUCAUAAGUCCAUAGAUUUUUCUAACUGAAAUUUAGAAAAUUACUUGUGAAUUACAUACUUGUUUUAGUUUGGUCUUAGUUGUUUUAGCAUAAAGAAUACUUUGAUUGGCUUUUGUUAAUCUAAAUACGCUUCUUGAACAACUUUUGUGCUUCUCAAUUUAGUAUCUUAUUGCUGUCUACCUAGUUAUGUGUGAAUUGUGCUGAAUUCAGGGAAGCUUCUAAGUUCUCAUACUCAAUUAGGAAUAGUUUUUAAAGAUAGUGUGUAAAUUCAGCAGCCAAAAUGAAUUGUUUGUGCAUCAUCCAGGAAAUAGAAAGUUAUAGUAAGAGAGAAUUGCUGACACAGGAGAUGGUUUGUUGUCUCAGUGGGCUUUGGUAAACAGAAGAAUCAAGGGAUUCUUGUUAUAAUAGACAUUUGAGAUGAAAUGAUGCUUUUGAGUAUGUAUUAUAUUAUGAAAGAGUUAAAGAAUAUCUUAAAGAAGGUCUAUAAUCAAAUCUGUUAAUUUUCACCUUUUAAUCCAAGGGAUGAAUAUGGUAGACAAUAGAAUCUAUGAUAAGGUUUCCCUGGUGUGAAACUAAACUUUUAAGUGCCCAAGUCAUGGAGACUUGAAAAGGGUAAAUCUGUUUCAACUCCCAAAUUUGUAUAUUCCAAGCAUUUGCUUAAAAUUCAGAAGCCAGAAGUUCACUGUCAUGAUUCCCAGGAAUUUCAGGCCAGAAUGAGUCCCUAGAGAAGCCAGGCCAAACCUGGAUAGUUGCAGUUGAAUGACCCUGGUCCAAAGGUCAGAGUUCAGUUGCCUUAUUCCUCAGUCAUGCUUACUGUCCAGAACCCUACGCUAGCUUAGGUGGCAUGUUUACAUUGCUUCAGUGUCUUUACCGGAACCUUAGUUUAAAACCUUAAUUGAAUAAAAAUGGACACCAAAAAAGAGAUGCUUCCUGCUGGGUUUUGCAGAACCACAGAAGUCCUGCAUUCAGGCCAUUCUUUCCAUGUGCACUCUUGGGUCUGGGUACAAGCUCUGGGGAUGAGCAGCCCAGAGCUUGGAGUGGAGGUGUUUCUGGGCAUCCUUGAUGGGUGGGCUCUGUUCUUUUUGUUGUGAUUACUGUGAUGUCUUUGAAUGGACUCACACACCUCCCAAACAGCCUUUUUCCCUUAAGGCAUCGCUUUGUGCAUCUCUUGAGAGAUUUGUAAGGUAUGGAGGUUGGCCUAAUUGACUUUGAAUCCUAAAGUUUUCAAGGGACUGUCAGUGUCAGAGAAGCAUUUCAUGGUGUUUGCAUGUGGAGUGUCCACAACUUACCUUUGAAGCUUAUGAGUUGCCAUCACAGGGAGUGGUGAUUAAGAACCCAAGCUGACCUGGAUCCUUCUUGCUCAGAGGAUGCACAGUCUUUAGUUUAGAAUAUAUCUGAAUGGAUUUUGCAUGUCAAGCAUUUGUUCUUUUUCUGGCCUAUGUUUUCUUGUAAAAAUUAUAAACCCAACAAAUCCUCUACUAGUUAAAUAUUUUUAAACCAUGCAGCUUUAUUACUCUUCUCUCCAAAGAAUGUAGCUUGGAAUUUUCUCAUUUUGGUAGUAGCAGCUGCAACUGUCAUUGUAUUACUAAUAAUACAGUGUGAAAUUGAAGGUGCCUAACUUCUUCAAAAACAAAAUCAGUCAUCAUACUGUGAUUCAAACAUGGAAAUACAGAGUAAUGGGCGGUGGCACAGGCACGAGUGGGUUUAGUCCAUGUGAAUGAAGCAAACUGAGGAAUCACAGGGACGUGUCUUGCAUUCUUGCUGCACAUUUGCUGUUGAGCACGUUUCUUACCGACCUUUGGUUUUCUUUAGUUGUGUUCAAGGUACCUUCUGGAACCCUGUGCUUUCAAGUGUCUAAAAUCUCAAGAUCUGAAGAAAGUAAAGCAACUUACACUGGGCUUUCUAAAAGCCAUACUUGAGAACAUUUCCCUGAGUAGCUAGGGCCUCGAGGAGCCUGUUUUUCAGCAAAUUCAGCAGGAGAGAGAUGUGUGCAAUGUUUCAAUCGGUUUUGUAUUUAACAUCUUCAUUAAAAAUGCUGAGAUGCAAUAUCAUUCACGUUGAAGUGGGGAAAAUGCAAAAUUGUAUUUCCCUUUUAUCUGUAUGAUUUCUUAAGAAACGUGUUUUUUAAAUAUGUGUUCUAAAUGGUUUUUUAUUCUGUAUUACUGCUUUGGCCAUGUGGCUCUCAUGACUUUCAAUGGACCAGAUUUCUCAGCUUCUUCAAAUGUGGGGCUGAGAAGCUCUGGAAUUACAGCAAAAUUUUUGUUCCAUGAGCCGCAGUACUGCAUCAUUAACAUUUUUAAUGGUAUGGAUUUUAUACCAUCCAUGUAUGUUUGCAAAUAUUAAGUUAUUACAUGUUUUAAAAUGAGCAUUUUUCAUCCCAAAUUUUAUAUGUUUGCAAAUAUAUUUUUUUAAUAAAAUUUCAAAACCAAGUUUUAGCACCUACUAAAUUUUAAUUGUGUUUUUAUUUAAUUUGUAGAAAUAGGAACUUUUGAAUAUGUUGCUGCACUUUGCCAGAGCCUCAUUCUGAUGAGAUGGGAUGGGGUGAAGAAACAAAACCAAUAAAGAAAACCCACCUCUACCCAUUCCCAGGCUGGCCAGCAGAAUUAAUUCUUAGAUCUGAAGCCUCUGAGUACUGGAGCCCAUUAAACAAAUGAGCACUUCUCGCCCUAGCCAGCAUUAAAUGAAUACAAGUGGACAUCUAAGGAACUCCACUUAACACCCAGUAGACGGUGCAAUUCUACUGAUCAUGACCAGAAUACUUCUAUAGAGGACUCUACAGUCCAGGUCAUUCCCCAAAUCCACUCAAUUUAUGUUUACUGAGCCCUUAGGUGCCAGGUGUCUUGGAUGAUAAAGGGGGAAGGAGAGAAAGAAGGCCAAGAGAGAGGGAUAGAACCCCAUGGCUGGCAGCUGUCCAGGCUUGAGCUCACACUACAGCCUUCUCUCAGAGGCUGAAACUCUGAAGGAAAAUGAUGAUUUGACAUCAGCCCUCUACAACCCAGGAAUGAGGCACUCUUAAAAGACCAAGAGGAGGUGAUUGCAGGACAAAUUGAGUGAGGCCUAAUGGAUCUUGCAGGGCUGGAACAUGCAGGUCAUGCAUAAUUAGCCCUUAAAGCCCUUUUUUUU